AUGCCCUGCAAGCAGAACCUCAACGUCCCCGAGAGCUGGCGCUCCGGCCUGGGGCCCCUCUACCAGAUCGAGAAGCCCCCCUUCACCAUCGACGCCCCCGGCGCUCCCGAGAUCGAAGGCGAGACCAAGCCACGCCGGAACCCCAAGGCAAAGAAUGGCCUCAUCGACCGGCCCGCCCCCGACGUCGACACCGUCUUUGCCCUCGUCAAGCUCAGCGCAGAGGAGCACGCCGGCGACAGGUGCAUGGGGACCCGCAAGCUGAUCGAGAUACACGAGGAGACCAAGAAGGUGCCCAAGAUCGUCGAUGGCGAGACCCAGAUGGUCGACAAGAAGUGGCAGUACUUCGAGCUGUCAAACUACUCCUUCAUAACCUACGGCGAGUACGAGACACACCUGCUCAACCUGGCCUCUGGCCUGCGCCAUCUGGGCCUGGAGAGGGGGGACAAGGUGCACAUGUUUGCCUCCACGAGCGCGAACUGGCUCGCACUGUCGCACGCCUGCUCGUCGCAGACCUUUACCAUCGUCACCGCCUACGAUACCCUGGGACAUGACGGCGUCUUGCACACCCUGGUGCAGAGCAAGCCGAAGGUCAUGUUCACAGACCCUCACCUGCUGAAGACGGCGUCGGGGGCGUUGAAAAAGGCAGAGACGGUCAAGAUCAUCAUAUACAACGACAAGUCAAUCGCGUUGCCCACGCCCCAGUCUGAGAUCGACGCCUUCAAGUCCUCCCACCCCGACCUCACAGUCCUGAGCGCCUCCGAGCUCGCCUCCCUGGGCGAGGCAAACCCGUACCAGCCCCAGCCCCCAACUCCUCAAGAUCGAUACUGCAUAAUGUACACAUCCGGAUCUACCGGCCCACCUAAGGGUGUCUCGGUCACGCAUGAGAGCUUCAUAGCCGCCGUGGCCGGCUUGGUGGGCGUCAUUGGCGACAGUGUCAGCACAGAAGAGGUAAUCCUGGCCUACCUGCCCCUGGCCCACAUCUUCGAGAUGGUCGUCGAGAACCUGGUCCUCUUCUUCGGCGCGACGCUCGGGUACGGUAGCGCGCGGACAUUGUCGGACCAGAACGUCCGCAACUGCAUGGGCGACAUGCGGACGCUUGCCCCGACGAUCCUGGUCGGCGUCCCCCAGGUCUGGGAGACAAUCAAGAAGGGCGUCAUGGGGCGCGUGAAUGGUGGGUCGUUCCUGGUGCGCAGCCUGUUCUGGGGCGCGUUCAACGCCAAGUCCUUCCUCGUCCAGAACAACCUGCCGCUGCAGACGAUAUUCGACCGCCCCAUCUUCGGGCAGGUGCGUAAGCUCACCGGUGGCCGGCUGCGAUUCAUCGUCAACGGCGCGAGCGGCAUCUCCAAGGAGACGGCCCACUUCAUGUCUAUGAUCCUCGCGCCCAUGCUCACAGGGUACGGAAUGACCGAGACAGGCGGUAAUGGGGCUCUGGGCUCGCCGCAGCAGUUCCAACUGACCGGCGCCUGCGGGCCUGUCACGCCGGCGAUCGAGUGCAAGCUGGUCAGCAUCCCGGAGCUCAACUACUCGACGGCAACAACGCCGCCGCAGGGCGAGAUCCUGGUGCGCGGCAAGCCCGUGCUCAAGGAGUACUACAUGAACCCGGAGGAGACGGCCAAGGCCAUCACGCCGGACGGGUGGUUCAAGACGGGCGACAUCGGCGAGUUCGACGCCGUCGGCCACCUCAAGAUCAUCGACCGUGUCAAGAACCUCGUCAAGCUGCAGGGCGGCGAGUACAUCGCGCUCGAGAAGCUCGAGGCGACCUACCGCGGCUCGCGCGCCGUGCAGAACCUCAUGAUCCACGGCGACUCGGACCACCCCCGGCCCAUCGCCGUCAUCUUCGUCAGCGAGCCCGUCAUUAAGGAGAUCGCAUCCGGGCUCGGCGUCUCGGGCGGCAUCCACGAGCUGGUCCGCAACGGCAAGGUCCGCGGCGCAGUGUUCAAGGACCUCGUCGCCCAGGGCAAGGCUGCCGGCCUCACGGGGCUCGAGAUGAUUAGUGGUGUCGUCCUGACGGAUGAGGAAUGGACGCCAGAGAGUGGCCUCGUGACAGGGACACAAAAGCUCAACCGCAGAACCAUACGGGAGAGAUACGCGAAGGAGAUCAAGGAGGCCUUCAAGUCGUCGUAG